AUGGCUGCGGAGUCCUGGUUCGCCGGGUCGCUGGCCCUGAGACCUGAAGUAGCACCGCCUUCGGACGAUUUGGUACCCGGGCCGCCGCCCUAUGGAGACCCCUCGUGGUCGCCCGCCGGGAGACCCGAGGCCUCAGCGGAGCAGGAGCCCCAGCGGGCACAGCAGCUGAUGGAAACGCCAGCCUCCGCGUCCUCCAGGGAGCCACUGGCAGCGGAGCUCGGACCUGCUCGCCUCCCACUGGACUCCAUGUUCAGCCCCAUCACUGACCAGCUCCGUUAUCUGCUUAGGAAGGCGGAUGACUUUCAAAGCUACUUGCUCUACAGCAGGGACCGCGUACAGAAGGAACAGCUAGCCAAGGCCAUGCCCACCUUCCUAACGAUGUGCGAACCUUACUUCCUGUACCUUGAGGCUGCUGCAAGGAGUGUCCCUCCAAUCUACGGAGCUCUGCAGGAGCUGGUCCGGAAGGGGGUGUGUACCUUACCAGGUCCCAUUCUCCUUGGGUUCCUGCCUAGGGAUGGGAGGAUGGCUUCUGGCCGACCAUCUGAGGUCAGGAAAUCUCCCACCUUCCAUGCAGUUGCUGGAGAUCUCCCAGCAGCUCACCCUGCGCUUGGAACAGUUAGUUCUCAUGUAUGCUUCCUUCGGGUUCGUGGACCUGGAGGAAACCAACCCUUUGAGGUAAGGGGGCAGGUAACGAGUUGUGGGGUGGCAGAGUCCAGGGCCCAGCUUGCUGUCCACUCUCUAUCUCCUGCUAGCAUCUCCUGCUUCUUCUGCGGGAGGUUCUCCAUUAGCCCUUCCCACGAUGUGUCCAUCUUCCGGUACUGCACCCCAGCUGCGUACACUGCCAGUCACUUCCCGAGGUACCUCUAUAAGAAGAUGCGCUGGAACCUGGAAACCACCACAGAGGCCAGUAGCCAAGGACCAGACUCCCAUGUGGAUUACUACUUCUUAUGUUACCGAGACACAUGGGAAGAUGCAGGCCAGGGUCCAGCCAAUUCGUGCCCCCAAAUCCAGAAACUCUGGUCCAUCGGCCGCUGGAUGCCCCUAGGCCCGGCAGAGGAUGACCUUGAUUCAUGGAUUUUGUGCCCGCAGCCACCCGGGGACUACCAGCAGUUACUAACCAUCGGCUUCGAGGAGCCUUCGCAUGUGCUGGCCACCGACCUGCUGGUACAGAUCCUCAUGGGCCAGGUAGGCCCCGCCCGGCCCCCCAGCGCUGCCGGACCCUCGGCUUGGGCUGCCCCGGCAUCCUGA